ACAUGUGAUAUGUGCCGCAGGAGGCAACAGCGCAAUAAUCGAGAGUAAAAAUUUGUUCAGGUUGUGGAAGAGUUCGUUAGCACACAUCUUCAGAGACUUCCACACCUGUCAAGUCCCUCUCACUCCCCUUCUUUAUUUCUCUCAGCCGCCCGUCUCUCUCUCAAUUCUCUCUCUCAACUCUCUCUCUCUCUCUCUGCUGUAACAAUGUCGACGAUCAAUAUCCAAUCGAUGCUCAAACCAGAGGCGCCUUCUCGAACCUUCAUCUCCGAUCACCGCCUCUCCUCCGCCGCCAACGUAUGCACCUCCGACUCUUUACACAAUUCUCGAGGCCGAAGAAAAUGUCUCCGCAAGCAAAACGUCUCUACCGUUAAAUCCAUGCGUAUUGCUCAGCCGAAUCACGGAACUAAAUUUGAUUCUCCCAACGGUCCUCUCACUCCAGACAAGCUAGACUCCCCCUUUGAUCUUCACUCUAGUGAUUAUAGUCAGGGACAGUCUCCAUCGACUUCAAGUGUCACAAGAAAAACAAAGAUAGUAUGCACAAUUGGUCCUUCUACAAGUUCACGUGAAAUGAUAUGGAAGCUCGCAGAAACUGGAAUGAAUGUGGCUCGUUUAAAUAUGUCCCACGGUGAUCAUGCUUCACACCAGAAAACCAUUGACCUUGUUAAAGAGUACAAUGCACAGUUUGAAGACAAGGUCGUUGCCAUUAUGUUAGACACAAAGGGACCUGAGGUCAGAAGUGGAGAUGUGCCAAAACCAAUACUUCUCAAAGAAGGACAAGAGUUCAGUUUUACUAUAAAAAGAGGAGUCAGCACAGAAAAUACUGUUAGCGUAAAUUAUGACGAUUUUGUUAAUGAUGUGGAGGCUGGAGAUAUAGUACUAGUUGAUGGUGGAAUGAUGUCAUUAGCUGUAAAAUCAAAGACAAGAGAUACAGUUAACUGCGAAGUAGUUGAUGGCGGAGAACUGAAGUCAAGGAGGCAUUUAAAUGUGCGUGGAAAAAGUGCAACUUUACCCUCAAUAACAGACAAAGAUUGGGAAGAUAUUAAGUUUGGAGUGGACAAUGAAAUUGAUUUUUAUGCUGUUUCAUUUGUAAAAGAUGCACAGGUGGUGCAUGAGCUGAAAAAAUAUCUUAGAAGCUGCAAUGCCGAUAUUCAUGUGAUCGUGAAAAUUGAGAGUGCAGACUCUAUACCAAAUCUUCCUUCUAUAAUCUCUGCAUGUGAUGGGGCAAUGGUGGCUCGUGGAGACUUAGGAGCUGAAUUGCCAAUUGAGGAAGUCCCUUUGUUACAGGAAGAUAUCAUUCGAAGGUGUCGCAGUGUGCAGAAACCAGUUAUAGUAGCAACAAAUAUGCUAGAAAGCAUGAUUGAUCACCCGACACCAACGAGGGCAGAAGUAUCUGACAUUGCCAUUGCAGUAAAAGAAGGUGCAGACGCUGUCAUGCUUUCAGGAGAAACUGCUCAUGGGAAGUUUCCUCUGAAAGCUGUUAAAGUAAUGCAUACCGUGGCUUUGAGAACUGAGUCAAGUCUACCUGUAACCGCUAUUCCUGCUGGAGAGUUCAAUGCAUUCAAGAGCCGUAUGGGUGAAAUGUUUGCUUUCCAUGCCACCACUAUGGCAAAUACUUUAGCCACUCCGAUGAUUGUCUUCACAAGAACAGGCUCCAUGGCUAUACACUUGAGCCAUUAUAGGCCAUCCUCAAUAAUCUUUGCAUUCACCAAUGAGCCAAGGGUUAAGCAGAGACUUAUUCUCUAUCACGGCCUGAUGCCAAUAUAUAUGGAGUUCUCAGAUGAUGCUGAGGAGACAUUUUCUCGAGCUCUGAAGCUUUUAGUGAGUAAGAAUCUGAUUAAGGAAGGGGAGUAUGUCACUCUUGUCCAAAGUGGAGCGCAGCCAAUCUGGCGUCGGGAAUCAAGUCACCAUAUCCAAGUUCGGAAGGUUCAAGGUUGACUGAUGUCUUAUAGCAUGGUAGUUCCUAAAAAUGCUCUUGAGUAGCUACUUAAGGUUCACAGUCUACUUUCAUGUAUGUUAUGCAAUUAUGUGGAUUGUUUUUCCCCCGCUUUUUGUGUCACAUAUGAUGAGCUUCUGUAGUGGAUUUUUUUAUGCCUAUGACAAAUCUUAGUAUUCCGCAACAUAAAAUGUCAGUGUAAUUUCACUGUAACCAGGUUAUUCAAAAAUCCACUGCACACUAUAACCAGGAAGUAAUUCAUCCAUUUCGUUCUUACA